AUGCAUUCCGGCAAGGUUAAGACUCAACAGCCAUGCCGAUAUCUAGGGAUCAGACGAGUCUGCUCAUACAAGAGGGGUGCUAUGCUAAGGACAUUGGCCCCUUCAAAUUGGCUUGCUGAGCCUGUCAGCAAGCAAUACCGGACUGUGAUGUUGAUUCAUUCACAGUGA